AUGGAUUGCAUUCCGGAAGAAUUUGGAGGGCUAUCCUCUCGUUCUCUCCACGUGCUUAAUGGAGUCUCACCUGCCGAGAGAUUCCACCAAGAUAUGGCGGUGGCGGCUGCUGUGACUUCGGCAGCGAGCGUCCAAAUUUCCGAGCCCUAUGCAAGUAGUGAAGAAGAAGAAGUGAUGAUUGACGACGAGGAGUACCAGCUUAUUCUUUCUCCGUUCCACGCAUGCAGUGCCAACCAGCCGCCUCUCUCUCGUUCUGACGAGCCGCCCUCGGAAACCCGACCCGUGGAGACGCCCAAGUUCGCCUCUGUCGAGGAUCCAGAAGCCGAAGAGAGCUCGGCGCCUUCGGGGUCUCCCUCGCCUGCAUAUGCAUCUCUCCCGACAGAACAAAGGGAGGCCGACAAGCUCCAACAGCCCUCCGGCGACGGUCCUGAACUGUCCAAAAACACACCUGGUGUCUCCCCUUGCGUCGCCCUGCCUUCACGACAUGUCGCUUCCGCUCGAGAAGGUGAUUCCUCCGGCCGCGUCGCCGCUAUUGCCAGUUCCCAGAGAGCGACAGACGCCCCGGAGUCGGACGAAGAGGACGGCAACACCUACGCUGUUCGCAUCGUGAUUACCGGGCCAGCACGAUGGAGGGGCGACCUCUCCUUCCAGGGGGCGCCCGCGAUGCUCUGCACGAUUGUUCGUCUGCGCGUGAGUGCGGAAGAGACAGAGGAGCGCGAAGAACAGGGGACGUCUCCCAAGUUGCGCGAGGAGAUCGUCCUGCAGAAGCGGGGGUGGGGCCCUCUGGUGUUGGAAGAAGUUCUCGUCCACGCCCGAAGACUGCAGCAGGAAAAACCGGAGGAAAGGAAUGAGGAAAUCGAGGUCCUUUUGCUUCACUUUCACCGGUCUGUGGACGAGAUCCCAGUUCCUUCAGACGACCAACCUUUUAUCUCGCCGUCGUCCCUGACUCGCGCGCCCCUCUCGGUUCUCCAGCUGCCUCUGUCUGAGUUGGAUUUGGGCCCCACCGAAGCAAAGUACCGGCUCACGCUUCCACCUCCUGCUCCGUUUUCCCCCUCUUCUUCGUUUCUGCUUUCUCCUUCCUUCUCCCUUGAAAGACUCGCGAGCGACUACCGCGCGGCGCUCCACAACUCGACGCGAGGGGCGAACCGCUGCAACAUCAUUCUGUUUUCUCUCAAACUCCUGACCCUCCUCACGGCGCCGCCCACGCAGCAAGACCAGCUUUACCACCUGCACGCUCAGCAGCGGAUGCUCUUUAGCGCCGCUGCUUGCGGCGGGCGUUCUCCGGCCUUGCAGGCUUCUCUCUCGCGCUCAGGCUCCCGCUCCGUCGCCCUCGCCGACCAGCUGAAGAUGGCUGCGACACACAAGGCGCUCGCCUCCGAGCGCAGCCCGCUCCUCGGCCGAGAGCGACAGCCAGGGCGUCGCGCGUGCGCCUCCGUCGUCCAGGGGCCUUCCAGGUCAGCCGACCGCCCUACUGCCCCGCGCUCCGUGGCCUGCCUGCCGCGCGCAUGCGGCGCUCUAACGGCUGCCUCCCCCCUCUUCCAGUCGCUCGUGCAGUCCGCGCCUUCUGCGGUGCCCCCGGACUGCGCGGCGCCCGGUUCCGUCGUCUCCGCGCCCGUAGUUCCGGCUCGAGUGGGGCCCGAGGCCGGGGCCGGCGAGGGACAAACGGAGACUCCGGAGACGUCCGGCCCGAAGCCGGAGGACACGUCUGCGCCAGAGGCGUCGCAGGGACUCGUGGGCGCUGCGGGCCUUCGUUUGAGCGAAGGCGAUCAAGACAGGAAUGGAUCAGAAGGCUUCUCUGUCCAGCACGGACUCGUGAUGGCGUGCCGCCCGGUCUCUGCGCCGUCUACCCGCUUGGUCGCCAGUGCCGAUCGACCGACUGGAGAGAAAGCGCGCGGGAACGGAGACAAGAUCUUGUCGCGGGAGGUUUCCUUGAAAUGCGGAAGAGAAGGCGGCGGCCUCGGAAAGAUCUCGUCCGCGCAGUCCGAUGCGGGCGUUGACCGCUAUCUGUUUCUGGCGGGCGAGGCGGCGAGAAGGACUCGAAUGGCAAGGGACUCUUCAGGGUUGCCUUUGUCUUCGCGCAUCUACGCCGAGACUGCGCAGCGAAAACCCGCGUUUCUGGCGACCAGCUGCGGAGAGAAAGGUCUGUCGUCUCUCCAAACGAUGCGCCUACACCAGUCCUUCGCACACGUGAAAGGAACACAUUUUCGCCCUCCAGCGAGCGUGUCGAUAGACGAUGGGGUGCGGGAAGGCGAGGUCGAGGAUAUCUCUCCGGAUGACAGUGUAUCUGUCCGGGAGGGAGGCCGCGGGCGGAGACAGGACUGUGAGUCGGAAGAAGAUCUCGAGGCCAGCGGCAGGCGAGAAGCCGCGCCUGACCAACCGCCCGUGCGUCUUCACACGCACGCCCGAGGGCGGGGCGGAGGCAAUGCAGACGGCGAAGGGUGUGCAGCGACUCUGCAGUCGACUUUCCACCGCAGACAGAAUGGCGACAUGCGCGAAGCUUGGUCGAGCGACGGAGACGGAGAAACGAAUAGCUACUGCGGCAGCGCAGGCACGCUGCGUUCAGACAGCCACUCGCGAAAGACCACGCUGACGUCUUCAAUCCAAAGAAUGAACUUCUUAAUGAAUCAGGCCCAGCUGCUUCUUCAGCGUCGCCAGAUGAAGCACCAGCAGAGAGCAUUGGCGCGUCAACGCGAAGAACAGCGCGCCGCGCGCAACGGCUCGUGUGAUAAAGGCUGCGGCACAGAGGAGCAAGAAGCGAACCAAGCAGGACGGGAGACAGGAACUCUAAAGGAGACCGCGAGUGAAGAUGUCGCACGUUCGCAGUUGGCGGCUCCAGCGGCGAGGCUGACAGGGGAUCACAUCAACGCAACGAGCCUUUCAGAGAGCGCGCAGGAAGCGGCGAGCGCAAGAAAGGCGGUCGACGAGACGCAUCAGGCUCCUCUUGUCUCCAAACAACGUAGCGAUUCCCUUGAGCGACUCGGGGACCAGCAGACGAGAAACCAUGCCCCGCAGAGCUCACGCGCGUCGCCUUCCACAGAGGCCUCUCCAUCGCUCCCAGAGGCGUCGCCUGGGAGCCGGCCUUCUCUCCCGUGCGCCUUCGAGUCUAGCCCUCAAGAGCAACCAAAAGAAGAUGCCGGCAAGGAAGUAAAACGCCCUGCAAGUGCGCCAUCCACACCGGAGACCCACGAAGAUGUCAUAACCACCACCGGGAGCGCCGCAUGCAUCGACGACGGUCCGAGUGGCGUGCCCGUCAAGGGGCUCUCCGUGUCUCUGUCUGUCGAGUGCGAAGGCGAAACCGCAGGAGAGCUGGCCGAGGGACGCGCCGCGGAGAUCCUUGAACCGGACACAUUCGGAUGUGCUCAGAAAACCACGGACGACGAGGCUCAUCCGGCGACAGAGUUGGUCCUCGCCUCAAACGCAGGGAAAGAAGAUUUUGCCUUUUCUGCCGCUUGUUCUCUGUCUCCAGAGCGCAGUGAGGCUGCGUGCUGCGCUCCCGCCUUCGGGCCUUCCCUGCUGUCUGACCCCGCAGCGGCCCCGAGUGACGUCUCUUUGUGCUUUCCGCCGUCUUUUUCUCCACUCCCUGCUCACGCUUUGCUCUCGGGGGAAGCCCCUGUCUGUGCGGCAUCGGCGCCGUCUCCGGCGCCCGUGCUGUCUGUGGGUUGCCCCGCUUCUCUCCAGCGUUCUGAGGACACGAAAGGAGGCGACGGACCUGAGAACCUCGCCUUGACGAAGGACGAGGCGCGGGGAGACGAGAAGCCCCAGCUUCACGAGGACGAACUCCGGGCCGUCGUGGACCAGCUGCGCGGCUACAUGGUCCGAAUUGAGCACCGCUUGUCCAAGAGACUGAGCAAGAAAAAGAAACUCGGGAAACGGGGAGAGAAGGCCGCCCGAAAAGGCGACUCCAGCCUCGGCCUCCCUGAGCAGGAAGGACCGAACGGCGACAGGAAAAGGGCGAGGGAAGGAGAAGACACCAGUGAGGCGGGAGUCUCCAAGGACGCGGCCAUCCUGCCGGAAGGGUGCGAGGAAGAACGCGGAAAGAUAGAGGACCCUCGAUGUUCGGAGGCUUUCGUCCAGAGAGCUCUCGCCAUGCGCGACUUCUCGUACCUGGCUGAGGCGGUCCUAGAGAAGAGAGCGAGGGAGAAGGACGGCGGAGACGAGCACUGGAGUCGCGCCAGAAAGACUGUAGAGCCUGCUGGCACACUAGAGGCGCUUGCUGAGAAAGCAAGGGAGGACCAGACAGCACUGGAGCGUCUCGAGGCGGAAUGCUUGAGCGCGCGGACAGCCAUUGCGUCCCUGAAGGCGGACUUGGCUCGGACAACAGAGGAGAAAGAUGCGUUGAGGAAGGAGAGCGAGAAGAAGGAAGAAGAACGCGUGAGGAAGGAACAGGCUCUCGAACAGCGGAAGCGGGAGCUCGAGGACGCCUUUGAAAAGGAGCGAGCAGCUCUAGAGGAGCGGCUGCGAAGGGGGGUGGAGGCCGAGAGGGCUAAGCGGCGUCAAGAGACCGAGGGCAAGGCGCAGGAAAAGAGAGAGGCUCAUGACGACAGCGCAGAGAAAGAGAAACUGAGGCAGCAUGCGCAGACGCUGGCGGCGGCCUACGGCGCGUUGGCCAGGAAGGUCGAGCUCGAGGAGGCUUUGCGAGGGCAAGCGAUGAAGAAGAAAGAAGAGGAGAUGCGGAAUCUUCUUGAUCACCUCAAGCAACAGGAGGCGCGCUUACGCCAGAGAGAGGAAGAGAACGCGCAGCUGCAUGCUCAACUGCAGGCGCUCCGGACCCACGCGCAAAAGAGCGAAGACGAACGGCAGAGAAACCUAGACACCCCUCCGCAGGCGAGGGAAACAGAGGCUCUCCGGCGCCAGCUUCAGGACGCGACCCAGGAGCUCACACGUCAGCAGCAGAAGAUUCGCCUGUUGGAGGAUCAGCAACGGAGUGUCGCUGUCUGUGCGUCCUCGUCUUCCUUGGCCUCUUCUUCGCCUUCCUACCCUGGAGGCGUGGACGCGUCGGCGCCGCUGGAGCAAGUCGAGAAGCUCCAACGCGAACUGGCCCUGGCUGAGAAGGACCGUCUUCGCCUCCUGACUCUGGACAAGCAACGCGAGAAAGAGCGGCUCCACCUCGUCGACUUGUUUUCUCUCCAGUGCAUGCGCGUGCGAGACCUCGAGCAGCAGUUGCUCCAGAUCGACGAACAACUCGCCACCAUCCUGUCGCAAUCCACGCGAGCUUCGGCCUCCGCCUUGCUCUUCACCCACGCCGCUUCGCCGUCGUCCUCUGGGGCUUCCCAGAGCGCGGCGCUUCCGGCUGGAGCUGAGAGGACUCGGGACGCUGCGGCUCGGACGGGGAACGCAGAAGGCCGAAAAACUGCGGAGCCAGAGCGAGAGCGUAAACGGGCGUCGUCUGUGGCGCCCGCCGCGGUCUGGGACCAGAAAGAGAGGGAAGAGAGCGUCACGCUGCGACCGUCCGUGCUCCAGCGUCUCCGGGGGAUGCGCGAAAGCAUUCGCCACAUGCACGAACAGCGGUCCCCCGUUCUCUCCUCCCUUGGUCACCAGUCUCUUGCGGGACUCUCGAAGCCUCUCGGUCACGGCCAAAAAGAGGAAAGGGAAACGCGGAGCGAGGUCGGGUUCACUGGAACGCCUUCCCUGCUCCGUUCGCGUGAAAAGGCCGAGAGCGCUUCGCCAGCGUCGCUCUCGUUGUGUCACCCUUCUGGACGCGGUGGAACUCUGCAGGUGCCCGCCCGCCCAGGCGCGGUGACUGCCCGCGGCAGCAAGGACCGCGCCGGCUCCGCGAAGCUCCAGGAUCCAGAGAGCUCGACAGCUCAUUUCGUCGUGAGUCGCGUCGAGACCUCCACGCGCUCCCCCGCGGAACGCAGCUUCGUCCCUUCCGCGGCGAGGCCUUCGUUGUCCCGGAGUUCCGUUUCCACUUCGCAAACCGUGCAUGUGGGGAGACCGACGCCGCGAUCCUGCUCUCCGACGACGCGGCAGCUCUCGGCAAGCAGCCACGUCUUGUCUCCGGGGCCCGUUUGCGGUGCGGAGCAACAAGUCUUGUCCGCUUCCUACACCGCUCCUUCAGGCGGCGCGCCGUCCAGCACGCAGUUUGUCGGAUCCGUGGGACGGCCUGUGUCCCCGUGGGCGUCGGGAGGAUGGUCCAAGGACGGCAGUCGUGCGGAGCGGGUCUCGGGGAUGGGAAACCUUGGGGGUGAGGACGAAGGUCGACGAGGCCGGAUCCGAGGCGGCGCGCCUCACGUCCGGUCCUCGUCUGUCCAGUCCACGCCCGGCAGCCUGCACAGACCCGCGGCACGGCCUUCGCUUUCCUUCGUCCCGUGUUUCGUGGCGCAGAAUCCCCCGGUCGGGACCGUCUCCGUCGCGCCUUCGGGGUAUUCCCUCGCUUCGUCGCUGGCGGGAGUCCGAGGGACGGACCCUAGGCGCGCACCGGCUGCGCCGUCGACGCACAGAGACGUCGGAGGCCGAGAAGAGAGCAGACUGGCCCGAUCUCUGUAUCGGCCGCAGAUGCACGAGGCAGCUGUGGACUGGAGAGGAAAGGGUGGAGACCGAAAAGCGCCCUCAGGCUCGGGUGAGCCGACCGAGUGCGGACCCGCCGUGUAUCGCUACGCCACCCCCACCAGAGUCGCCCGAAGGCUCCCAGCUGGAGAGGAGCAACCCCGUUCAGCUGCGCUUCGUUUCGGAACCCCAGCGAGACAGGGCACUCUGGGCACGUGGAUACAAGAGAAUCUGAGACGAUAA